CAGCUGUCCUGGUUUUACUACCAGUAUCUUCUGGUGACGGCCCUCUACAUGCUCGAGCCCUGGGAGAGGACCGUGUUCAACUCCCUGCUGGUCUCGGUGGCCGGCAUGGCCGUCUACACCGGCUACGUCUUCAUGCCGCAGCACAUCAUGGCCAUCCUGCACUACUUCGAGGUCGUCCAAUGACACGAUACAUCCGCCCGCAGGUCCCGCCUCCCCCCGUCCGUCUGCCAAUCACGUCGAGGCAGAACUUCUCUCCUUGGUUUCAUAGCUCAACGUCGGACGACCUCGUUCCCCGGGACGGUUUCCUUCGUCUUUUCGAGAUAUAUUCGGGAUCGGGGAACCCCGUCCCGGGCUCUGAAGAAGGGGCGCCGCCUGGUCUCCUCUCACGUGUUUUUGUUUAAAUCAAGCGCACCUUACUGUAUUUUGGGAUAAUGUGUGUGUGUGGCUGUGUGGAGCAGCGAUGGGACCCUUUCAUCUUUUAUUCCAGCGGGACAUGAGGCCGACGUCUGAAAAUCAGACAUCGAAAUCUUCUGGACCAAAUACCUGGAUAUCGACGCUGUGUUGACAUCAGAUGCUUUGACGAAAUAUCUUCACGCGUAGAUAAGUUGUAUAAAUAUUGAGAAAUAAAUAUUAAGAUUAAUAUCA